UCCCAUGCGCCCGUCGACCGCCGCCGCUCAGCGGCCCGCGCCGGGACCGGAGCCGCGCCGCCUGCCGGGCUGGGCCGCGCGGCGCUCGCUCCCGCGGACUGCGCGGCGCGGCGGGCGGGGCGGCGCAGAGACGUAUCCCUCCGCCGGCCCUCCCCCGCGCGGCCCCGGCGCCCCUCCCCGCGGGCCGCGCUCGCCGCCCUGCGCCUCAGACUGUUUUGGUAGCAACGGCAACGGCGUGUCCCGGCCCGGCUCCCGGCGGCUGUUCGGUGUCUGCGGGCCUCCCCGCCCCUUCGUCGUUGUCCUGCUGCCCCUGGCUCCCGCGACCGCGCCAGCCCGCGCCUGCCCGCUUGGCGUCCGCGCGUCCCCGCCGCGCUCCGGCGUCUCUUCAGCGCGCCCGGCUCCCGGCUGUCCCCGCCCGGCGUGCGAGCCGGUGUAUGGGCCGCUCACCAUGUCGCUGAAGCCGCAGCCGCCCGCGCCCGCCAGUGGCCGCAAGCCCGGCGGUGGCCUGCUCUCGUCGCCCGGCGCCGCGCCGGCCUCGGCCGCGUCGUCUUCGUCUUCCGCGGUGCCGGCCCCGGCUGCGCCGGUGGCGUCUUCCUCGGCGGCCGCGGGCGUCGGGCGCCCCGGUCUGGGCAGAGGUCGGAACAGUAGCAAAGGACUGCCUCAGCCUACGAUUUCUUUUGAUGGAAUUUAUGCAAACGUGAGGAUGGUUCAUAUACUUACAUCAGUGGUUGGAUCGAAAUGUGAAGUACAAGUGAAAAAUGGAGGUGUAUAUGAAGGAGUUUUUAAAACAUACAGUCCUAAGUGUGAUUUGGUACUUGAUGCUGCACAUGAGAAAAGUACAGAAUCCAGUUCGGGGCCAAAACGUGAAGAAAUAAUGGAGAGUAUUUUGUUCAAAUGCUCAGACUUCGUUGUAGUACAAUUUAAAGAUACAGACUCCAAUUACGCACGAAGAGAUGCUUUUACCGACUCUGCUGUCAGUGCCAAAGUGAAUGGCGAGCACAAGGAGAGGGACCUGGAGCCCUGGGAUGCAGGGGAGCUCACAGCCAGUGAGGAGCUGGAAGCCCUGGAGAAUGAUGUGUCUAAUGGAUGGGAUCCCAAUGAUAUGUUUCGAUAUAAUGAAGAGAAUUACGGUGUAGUGUCCACAUACGAUAGCAGUUUAUCUUCAUAUACGGUUCCCUUAGAAAGGGAUAACUCAGAAGAGUUUCUAAAACGGGAGGCAAGGGCAAACCAGUUAGCAGAGGAAAUCGAAUCCAGUGCUCAGUACAAAGCUCGUGUGGCCCUUGAGAAUGAUGACAGAAGCGAGGAAGAAAAAUACACAGCGGUCCAGAGAAACUGCAGUGAGCGCGAGGGGCAUGGCACAAACACUAGGGAAAAUAAAUAUAUUCCUCCUGGACAAAGAAACAGAGAAGUCAUAUCCUGGGGGAGUGGGAGACAGAGCUCGCCACGGAUGGGCCAACCUGGACCAGGCUCCAUGCCAUCAAGAGCUGCUUCUCAUGCUUCAGAUUUCAACCCGAACUCUGGUUCAGACCAAAGAGUAGUUAAUGGAGUUUUUAUACUUUCCUUCAUAUCAUUUGUUCUGUCAGGUGUUCCCUGGCCAUCGCCUUGCCCAUCUCCUUCCUCUCGCCCACCUUCUCGCUACCAGUCAGGUCCCAACUCUCUUCCACCUCGGGCAGCCACCCCUACAAGGCCGCCCUCCAGGCCCCCCUCGAGGCCAUCCAGACCCCCGUCUCACCCCUCUGCUCAUGGUUCUCCAGCUCCUGUCUCUACUGUGCCUAAACGCAUGUCUUCAGAAGGCCCUCCAAGGAUGUCUCCAAAGGCACAGCGGCACCCUCGGAAUCACAGAGUCUCUGCUGGGAGAGGCUCCAUGUCUAGCGGCCUAGAAUUUGUAUCCCACAAUCCCCCAAGUGAAGCAGCUGCUCCUCCAGUGGCAAGGACCAGUCCUGCAGGGGGAACGUGGUCCUCAGUUGUCAGUGGGGUUCCAAGGUUAUCUCCAAAAACUCACAGACCCAGGUCUCCCAGGCAGAACAGUAUUGGAAACACUCCCAGUGGGCCUGUGCUUGCUUCUCCCCAAGCUGGUAUCAUCCCUACUGAAGCAGUUUCCAUGCCUGUUCCAGCUGCAUCUCCUACUCCUGCCAGCCCUGCAUCCAACAGAGCUCUGACCCCAUCUAUUGAGGCUAAAGAGUCCAGGCUUCAAGAUCAGAGGCAGAACUCUCCUGCAGGGAAUAAGGAAACUAUUAAAGCAAAUGAAACAUCACCUAGCUUUUCAAAAGUUGAAAACAAAGGUAUGUCACCAGUUGUUUCUGAACAUAGAAAACAGAUUGAUGAUUUAAAGAAGUUUAAGAAUGAUUUUAGGUUACAGCCAAGUUCUACAUCUGAAUCUAUGGAUCAACUUCUAAGCAAAAAUAGAGAGGGAGAAAAGUCACGAGAUUUGAUUAAAGACAAAAUUGAAGCAAGUGCUAAGGAUGCUUUCAUUGACAACAGCAGCAGCAACUGUACCAGUGGCAGCAGCAAGACCAACAGCCCUAGCAUCUCCCCUUCUGUACUUAGUAACACAGAGCAUAAGAGGGGGCCUGAGGUCACAUCCCAAGGGGUGCAGACUUCUAGUCCAGCCUGCAAACAAGAGAAGGAUGACCGAGAAGAGAAAAAAGAUGCAACUGAGCAAGUUAGAAAAUCAACAUUGAAUCCCAAUGCAAAGGAGUUCAACCCGCGUUCUUUUUCUCAGCCAAAACCUUCUACUACCCCAACGUCACCUCGGCCACAAGCACAGCCGAGCCCAUCAAUGGUGGGUCAUCAGCAGCCAGCUCCAGUGUAUACACAGCCUGUUUGUUUUGCACCAAAUAUGAUGUAUCCGGUACCAGUGAGCCCAGGCGUGCAGCCUUUAUACCCAAUACCUAUGACGCCCAUGCCAGUGAACCAAGCCAAGACAUAUAGAGCAGGUAAAGUACCAAAUAUGCCCCAACAGCGACAAGACCAGCAUCAUCAAAGCACCAUGAUGCAUCCUGCCUCAGCAGCAGGCCCACCCAUUGUAGCCACCCCGCCCGCUUACUCCACUCAGUACGUUGCCUACAGCCCUCAGCAGUUUCCCAGUCAGCCUCUAGUUCAGCAUGUGCCGCAUUAUCAGUCUCAGCAUCCUCAUGUGUACAGCCCUGUCAUACAGGGUAAUGCCAGAAUGAUGGCACCACCAGCACAUGCACAGCCUGGUUUAGUAUCUUCCUCGGCAACUCAGUUCGGGGCCCAUGAGCAGACGCAUGCCAUGUAUGCAUGUCCCAAAUUACCAUACAACAAGGAGACAAGCCCUUCUUUCUACUUUGCCAUUUCCACGGGCUCCCUUGCUCAGCAGUAUGCGCAUCCUAGUGCCACCCUGCAUCCACACACGCCCCACCCUCAGCCUUCGGCCACUCCCACUGGACAGCAACAAAGCCAGCAUGGUGGAAGUCAUCCUGCACCCAGUCCUGUUCAGCACCAUCAGCACCAGGCCGCCCAAGCGCUUCAUCUGGCCAGUCCACAGCAGCAGUCAGCCAUUUACCACGCUGGGCUGGCACCAACCCCACCUUCCAUGACACCUGCCUCUAAUACACAGUCUCCACAGAGCAGUUUCCCAGCAGCACAACAAACAGUCUUCACCAUCCAUCCUUCUCAUGUUCAGCCGGCAUAUACCACCCCUCCGCACAUGGCCCACGUACCUCAGGCUCAUGUACAGUCAGGAAUGGUUCCUUCUCAUCCAACUGCCCAUGCGCCAAUGAUGCUAAUGACGACACAGCCACCCGGCGGUCCCCAGGCCGCCCUCGCUCAAAGUGCACUACAGCCCAUUCCAGUCUCGACAACAGCGCAUUUCCCCUAUAUGACGCACCCUUCAGUACAAGCCCACCACCAACAGCAGUUGUAAAGCUGCCCUGGAGGAACCGAAAGGCCAAAUUCCUUCCUCCCUUCUACUGCUUCUGCCAACUGGAAGCACAGAAAACUAGAACUUCAUUUAUUUUGUUUUUUAAAAAGAUACACUGAUUUAACAUCCGAUAGGAAUGCUAACAGUUCACUUGCAGUGGAGGAUGUUCUGGACCGAGUAGAGGCAUGUAGGGACUGUGGCUGUUCCAUAAUUCCAUGUGCUGUUGCAGGGUCCCGCAAGUACCCAGCUCUGCUUGCUGAAACUGGAAGUUAUUUAUUUUUUAAUGGCCCUUGAGAGUCAUGAACACAUCAGCUAGCAAAAGAAGUAACAAGAGUGAUUCUUGCUGCUAUUACCGCUUAAAAAAAAAAAAUCAAGACUUGGAACGCCCUUUUACUAAACUUGACCGAAGUUCAGUAAAUUCUUACCGCCAAACUGACGGAUUAUUAUUUAUAAAUCAAGUUUGAUGAGGCAAUCACUGUCUACAGUGGUUCAACUUUUAAGUUAAGGGAAAACUUUUACUUUGUAGAUAAUAUAAAAUAAAAACUAAAAAAAAAAUUAAAAAAUAAAAAAAGUUUUAAAAACUGA